UUGAACCGACCAUUAACGUUGUCUGAGAAGAUCCUGUACGGCCACUUAGAUCAACCCGCCACCGAAGACAUCGAGCGAGGCGCCUCCUACUUGCGAUUGCGCCCAGAUCGAGUAGCGAUGCACGAUGGUACUGCUCAGAUGGCUAUGCUUCAGUUCAUCUCAUCUGGAUUGCCGAAGACUGCUGUUCCAUCUACGAUUCACUGCGACCAAUUAAUUGAGGCUCAAAAAGGAGGAGCUCUAGAUCUAACUAGAGCAAAAGAUAUCAACAAAGAAGUGUACAAUUUUCUUUCAUCGGCUGGGAACAAAUAUGGCGUUGGUUUUUGGAAACCAGGCUCUGGGAUCGUACACCAAGUCAUGCUUGAGAACUAUGUUUCUCCAGGUCUCUUGCUUAUCGGAACCGAUUCUCACAUGCCUAAUGGAGGGGGGCUGGGAGCACUUUGUGUUGGGGUUGGUGGAGCUGACGUCGUCGACGUAAUGGCAGAUAUUCCAUGGGAGCUCAGAUGUCCGAAGGUUAUGGCGGUUAGACUUUCCGGAAAGCUUUCUGGGUGGACUUCGGCAAAAGAUGUCAUCUUGAAGGUUGCUGAUAUUUUGACCGUGAAGGGAGGUACUGGAGCUAUAAUGGAGUAUAUUGGUCCCGGUGUUGGCUCGAUCUCGGCGACGGGAAUGGGAACUAUCUGCAACAUGGGUGCUGAAAUUGGAGCGACUACAUCGGUGUUCCCUUACAGUGAAAACAUGAGAAAAUAUCUUGAAGUAGGUGCUCCUAUGUUUCGCUUUUGUAAGUUGCUAAGUGAUCGUCUUAACCGAGCUGCACUUCACAUUUUGAAAACUCAGGCAACUGGACGUGCAGAAAUAGCGAAAGAGGCUGGUAAAUACAAAGAUCUCCUCACUGCUGAUAACGGAGCUCACUAUGAUCAGAUUAUUGACAUUAAUCUGGAUACUCUUAUUCCGCAUGUGAAUGGUCCUUUCACUCCCGACCUUGCGUCACCAAUUGAUAAGCUUGGCGGGAAUGCAAAGAAGAACGGUUGGCCACUAGAAGUCAAAGCUGCACUGAUUGGGUCAUGUACGAACUCUUCUUAUGAAGAUAUGACUAGAGCUGCAUCUAUUGCGAAGCAGGCUGUUGAUAGAGGACUUAGAGCCAGAACCAUGUUCUUUAUUACCCCUGGAUCUGAACAAAUACGUGCAACUGUUGAAAGAAAUGGCAUUUCAAAAAUAUUCACUGACUUUGGAGGACUGGUUCUUGCUAACGCUUGCGGACCUUGUAUUGGACAAUGGGAUCGUCAAGAUGUCAAAAAAGGAGAGAGGAACACCAUUGUGACGUCGUACAAUCGAAAUUUUACCGGUAGAAACGACGCUAAUCCGGCCACGCAUGCGUUUGUCACAUCACCAGACAUCGUGACUGCCCUGGCUAUUGCUGGAACACUUGACUUCGACCCGCGGAAAGACCAACUUUCAGCUCCUGAUGGUUCAAAAUACGUUCUCAGCCCUCCAACAGGAAUAGAUCUCCCAAAGAAAGGAUACGAUCCUGGCCAGGAUGCAUACCAACCACCAUCUAAUUCUGGA